UGUUAUUUUGGUUAUGACGAGUGUACGAUAAUUUCCCUCAAAAUACGUGGGUCGCGGGGAAGCUGGUAGAAUUAUGGUGUAAGACCUGAAAUUGGUGGUAAUGCACCUACAAUAUGUUUGCCAACCGCCAAUAAACUACAGAAGAAGAAGAACAGGAACAUACUACGGCAACGAGCUAUAGAGGGCAGUAUGCAUUCAAGUUAAGUUUAACCGUCCAGAAUGUUUUUUCGGCCUGGCUGGGUAAUGAGGAUAUUGGCUUCAUCGAGCACCAUCUGAGGAGGACCAGCCUCACUAUACUGAUCCAUAGUGCUCUACCUCUAGGUUACUACGUGGGAAUGUGUGUUGCUGCCCCAGAAAAGAACCUUAUAUAUAUUUACCAGGUUAGCGACAGCUGGAGAGUUUUUCUCUCUCUCUCUGUGAGCCUUCAAUUGGGCAGUUGGGUGCUUGUCAUGUACUGGUACUGCUGCCACUGGCAUAACCAUCCCAUCAGUAGAACACUUACAGCUCAUGCACAGCUUCCUUAUUCCAGCCCUGGUCAUGUGGCAGCUAGUAUCAACAGAGAGUUCAGACGAAUAGACAAAGUUGUGGCAGGAGUACCUGGAGCCCGAGUUAUUGUUACAGACAGCUGGAUAAUGAAGGUGACUACAUAUCACAUCUACACAGCCUUACAGAGUGAUUGUCAUGUGACUGUGACAGAGUCCAGGCAGCAUCAGCUGAGCCCAGAUUUAACUUCCCCCAUAGAGAUCCUUACCCUGAGAGUGGAGAGCAUCAAUCCUGCUGUCAGACCAUUUAAUAUUAGUCUGAACUCCGCAGAUUAUACAGAUUUCAGGGUAAAACUUCGAGCUCCCAUCAGAACUUCUCCCAACGUUGUGAUCCACCAAACCAUCAGUGAGCUCUUUCUGGAAACCUUCAGAGCUCAGGUGGAGCUCAACCAACGAUAUAAACUCCCCAAUGGGCAGGAAGUGGAGCCCUGUAUUGGCUGCAUGCAAGUUCCAGCAAGUACCAAGUUGGUUCGACUCUGCCAAACAGCAGGUAUGGACAAUGAAUCAGAAUGCCAGCCGUGUUUCUGCAGGCCCAUGUGGUGCCUCUUUUGUUUGGGUCGAUGGUUUGCCAGCCGCCAGGACCAACAAAGACUCGAGACUUGGUUAUCCAGCAAGGUCCCCUGCCCUACAUGCAGAGCCAAAUUCUGCAUACUAGAUGUUUGUAUGGUCCACUGAUGAGAACCAAGUACAAUAUCAAAAUUACUUCUUCCUCUCAGAUCAACUCACAUUUUUGUUUUAUCAUUUUGUCCAUAUCAAGGUAAGAAGCUAUACAGCUGGCCUGAACGGCCGGCACACUAGACAUGUUAUAUGUGGCCUUUCGCAUGAACUACAAAUGUGUUCCUCUGUCUCGAAUGAUCUAUGUGGCCAUAGCUCUUCUGUAUAUAUAUUUGAUAAAACAUAAUACUUAUAUAUAUGUGGGUAGAAACAAUGUUAGGAUUUACAAUGACAAACAAGUGAAUAUUGUACUAAUAAAUCCCACUAAGACUAAAAUGUUUUUCUCAACGUUGUAUUAUUUUUUUUCCUUAUUGCACCAUGUAUGUUUAAAUUUAUUAUUCUGGGGUUAUGUAUGUGUUUAUGUUUUGUAUGGGCUUCUUGCAUUGUUCUCUGCUUGCUUCUUUUUCCCUAACACUCUGUAGUUGUGUUUAAAUUAAAAUACGUUCUACCUAA